GCUAAUCUUGAACUCGCAGUGAUCCUCCUGUCUCAACCUCCCAAAUGCUGGGAUUACAGGCGUCACCAUGCACAAAGAACCUUUGGACUAGUCGCGGCAGAAUUGUACAGAGAACGUGCUUGCCAGGCAGGCUAGGGCUCAAAUUUUAUGAUGCGCGGGAAUUAAUUACGUACGUGGCAUCGCUUCGGCCGCCAUACUUGGGCUUACGGGAGCUCGCAGAGGUCAAAAUCCCCCGCGCUUGUCCGACUUCUUUGCUUUUCUCAAUAACGAAGACUUCAGUGAGCCAUAUGACUAGCCCGUCCCCCCCUGCCAUGAGCGGCGUAGUGCGGACCGAAGUUCUGAGCGGGGCGCCUCUGCGGGUGCCCGGCGACCCCUACUCCGUGGUGGUUCUGCUGCAGGGCUACUCGGAGCCGGAGACGGUGGGCGACGCGGUGCGCGCUGACGGCUCCGUCACGCUGGUCCUGCCGCAAGCUUGGGGCCCGGCGUGCAGCCGGCGAGCGUCUCGGCCCGCGGACCGCGAGGCGAGCACAGCUCUGGAGGAGGCGGCGCGUGGCCCCAUCCUCGUGGAUACUGGGGGACCCUGGACUCGGGAGGCGCUGCUGGGGGCCCUGGCGGGGCAGGGCUUGUCCCCGGGAGACGUGACUCUGGUGGUGGGGACCCACGGGCACUCGGACCAUAUCGGAAACCUGGGGCUGUUUCCGGGGGCGGCUCUGCUGGUCUCGCACGACUUCUGCCUUCCCGGAGGCCUCUACCUGCCGCACGGGCUGAGUGAGGAGCGGCCCCUGCGCCUGGGGCCCGGGCUGGAAGUGUGGGCCACGCCGGGCCACGGGGGCCAGCGGGACGUGAGCGUGGUGGUGGCAAGCACAGUCCUGGGCACCGUGGUGGUGGCGGGUGAUGUGUUUGAGCGCGAUGGAGACGAGGGCUCAUGGCAGGCGCUGAGCGAGGAUCCGGUGGCGCAGGAGCGGAGCCGAAAGAGGAUCUUAGGCACCGCCAAUGUGGUCGUGCCUGGCCAUGGAGCCCCUUUUCGGGUGAUUAGGGAAGACUUUCAGCCAGGGACAAAUAGUUGUGGGAACAGCACUCGGGAGCCAGUGGUCGGAGAUAAGGACCUGACCAUGCAAGGAUGAGCCCUGACUGGACUUUUUUUUUCCUGGCGCUUGCCAGGAAAGCGUUUAUUCCACUGAGCCAUCUCCCCGGCCCCUGGACUUCUGUCAGGGAGGGAGAAGCGUUCAUAAUACGCAGAGGACCUGGGCAACUAGAAUCGGAGCAGGCAAGGAUGGUCACUGACUUCCAGCCUUCCAGAAGGCAGUUUUUCUAGUCUGGACAGAAUGAUACUGCCGUCACCAUAUCAUUGCUUGUCACCGCAGCCAACAGUGUCAAGGAUUGGCUCGGGUCUCUAAGAAUCUUUUGCAGACCUCAUUAAAAUGAGAAAAAGUUCCUGUGAAGGUCUUCCAAAAUAAAAAAUAGAAACUGCCCUAAUAUAAGUUAAAACCUUAAUAGCUAUAAUCAUGCACAUAUGGCAAUCAGUCACAAACCUAUUGCCUAUUUCUUACAUAGUGCAGGUUGCUGAGAGGAGGCAGUGACCUCCCCCUUAGUGACUUGAUUCAUUAAUUCACUUUUUAAAAAAUGUAUUUAGUACAAGAUCUACAGGGUCUCACUAUACAGAAUGGACUCUCAGC